CACACCAGUUCCAAAAUGAGUUGCCGAAGACGAGCUCGGAGAAUCGAAAAUCCGGCGACUGUACAUAGCAGAAGUGUUAUCAUAUUGAAUGGUUCGUGUACGUAUCACGCUCAUCAGUAUACAAAUGGAACCAUGUGUGACCUUACUAAUCAGCCACGAGAGACUGAGGUGAGGUUUGUAUGCUCGGAGUCUAGAGCAAUGAUUAGUUCUCUUACAGAGCUAUCCACUUGCAAGUAUGCACUCACAGUUCAAUGUCCAACGCUUUGCAAGCACCUAUUGUUUCAAGAAGAGAGACCAGUGUGGCACACCAUUAACUGUAAUGUGCUUCCUAAAGAUUUCAAGGAAACAAAAGUGGAGGAAGAAUCCAAAGAAAAGCCGAUCCUUAUGGUCACAGACAAUGACGAUCUAUCAAUUCAUGAUCCAAAAGAGUGACAUGUACUGACACGCAGAGGGGUUGUCAAUACGUGUA